AUGUGCCUCCUCCGCCUCAGACCGGAGUGUGGAACCAGGCCGACCCUCUACCAUAACAAGCCUGGUCGCUCCACACAGAGACAUAACAGCGGCGCAGGACGGCGCAUUGUUCUGCGGCUGAUUUACGGCGCGUUCGGACAUGUUUUCGGCGUUAGCGGCUCACUUAUCGAGGCGAUCUGUUUGGCUGCUGUCAUGUGUGCGCAGAGCAUGUGGAACCAAUCGGCUGGGGGUUCUCUGCUGGGACUGGAGCCUGGAGUGGAGCCCGGGUCAGCUGUGGUGUGGAGCGUGGCAGGACCAUCGCUCAUCUGCCCUCCCCCCCUGAGCCCAGUGGAGAGCCGGGAGCCCGGGGGACACACUGCCUGA